AAAAAAAAUUAUAAUUAGGACAUUUUCACACUUAUUUAUUAAAUAAAUAAAAUCACUAAAGAUAACUAUUUAAAAAAACACAUCUAAAUCAAAAAUUUUGAGGAAAUGGAAUAAUAUCUCUCUGAAAUUAACUACUUUAGAAAUAGUUACAAUGAAUAUUUAUGUCCUUAUUAAAACUUCAACCCGUUCAACAAUAUGAAUUCCGAAGAAUUUUAUCAUUCCAUUAAUAAAUUUUAGUCAGAAAGUCACUUGAAAGAUCAAUUUGCUGACACUAAUUAUACAAUAUUAGAGCCAGAGUACUUCUUAAACACUUAAAAUCUAGAUGAGUCAAAAAUAAUUAAUAAUGACGAGCUUAAUUCAUAAUCCAACUAUAAUGAUAAUUUUUUUUGCUAAUUCUAAUAAAUCGGAUAAUCAUAUUGUGAAUGCAAAAAUAAGGAAUAUAAUAGUUUGGUCUAAAAUAACAAAACAACAAACUCUUUUUAUCAUCAACAAGAGGAACAAUUCGCGAGAUAAAACAAAUAUUAAUCUUAAUUAAACUAAGACUUAAACAAUUCAAAUUGCAAUUAAAUAAAAAAAUAAUAAUACUAAAAAACUAAUGAUAAUAAUAAUAAUCAUAAUCAUAAUAAUUACAACAUUAAUAACUUUAAUAAUAGCAACUAAUUUUAAGAAAUAUCUUUUGGUUUUACGUAAUAUGAAAAUUAAAGCAAAAGCCAGCUUUUACAUUUUAAAAGUAAUUCAAAGGCGUAAUGCAGUCAUCAAAAUGUUGAAGAAGCUUUUGAUAAGUCAAAAAAAUAAUAUUCCGUAAACACUUAAAAUGGUCUCAAAAAUAUUGUAUUUGCAUUCUUUUCAAGUAUUAAACAAAUGAAAAAAAGCGAAAUUUUGAGUAUGAAUGAGAGAUAAUUUUAAAACAUCAAGAAGUAAUUAGUUAGAUACAUGAAGCAUCACUCAUUUAAUUAAUCGGUUGUGAAUUAUUUAGUUACCCAUAAAAUUUACAAAUAACUUCUUUUGAAUUACCUGGAUAAUGAGAGUAGUGAGUGGUUAAGUAAAUCAAAAGUUAUAGAUAAAUAAGAAGUUAACAAUCAAAUUAUAUACUUAAAAAGAUGUAUCAAAGAUAUUAAAUUGUUAGAUCAGAUAACGACGAAAUGA